AUGCAGAUUUUCGUCAAGACCCUCACCGGAAAGACCAUCACUCUUGAGGUUGAGUCCUCGGAUACCAUCGAUAACGUCAAGAGCAAGAUUCAAGACAAGGAGGGAAUCCCACCCGACCAACAACGCUUGAUCUUCGCUGGAAAGCAGCUUGAGGACGGUCGCACCCUUUCUGAUUAUAACAUUCAGAAGGAGUCUACCCUCCAUCUCGUCCUCCGUCUUCGUGGCGGUAUGCAAAUCUUCGUCAAGACCCUGACUGGCAAGACCAUCACUCUUGAGGUCGAAUCUUCCGAUACCAUCGACAACGUGAAGUCGAAGAUUCAGGACAAGGAAGGCAUUCCCCCUGACCAACAACGUCUCAUCUUCGCCGGCAAGCAACUUGAGGAUGGCCGAACUCUCUCCGACUAUAACAUCCAGAAGGAGUCCACCCUUCACUUGGUGCUCCGUCUCCGUGGAGGUAUGCAGAUCUUUGUUAAGACUUUGACUGGAAAGACUAUCACUCUGGAGGUUGAAUCUUCGGACACCAUCGACAAUGUCAAGUCCAAGAUUCAGGAUAAGGAGGGCAUCCCACCCGACCAGCAGAGACUUAUCUUCGCUGGUAAGCAACUUGAAGACGGCCGCACUUUGUCAGAUUACAACAUUCAAAAGGAGUCGACUCUUCAUUUGGUUCUUCGUCUCCGAGGUGGUAUGCAAAUCUUUGUCAAGACUUUGACCGGAAAGACCAUUACAUUGGAAGUGGAGUCUUCGGACACCAUUGACAAUGUCAAGUCGAAGAUCCAAGACAAGGAGGGUAUCCCACCCGACCAGCAGCGAUUGAUCUUUGCUGGUAAGCAAUUGGAGGAUGGGCGUACACUGAGUGAUUACAACAUCCAAAAGGAGUCGACUCUCCAUUUGGUUCUCCGUCUCCGUGGUGGGCAAUAG